AUGCUCGGCGGAAUCGGCGCGGGCGCGGGCCUCACGCUGAGCGGCUUCGCCAAAGCACGCCUCUUCUCGCCUCGCCCGGGAUCAGAAGAAGACGUUUUAGCUCUCGAAGCCCUAGCCGACCAGAUGGACGACCUCGACAUUGUAAAGCGCAUGCGCAGCUACGCAACCUCGUACGGGACACAGAGUGGAUGGAUAGAGCUUGAUUUGCAAGAUAGCAUCGCCAAUGUCACGACAAGCGGGGAGGAGAGGAGGGUACGACCUCUGACGGAGCAAGCCAUGGCGGGGAUACAGGGGCUCGGAGUGCAGAGGGCGUUCUGGAAUUCGGAAACGAGGGAGUUGGUGGCUGUGGUUUGGAUAGGGCCGAGGUUGACGGGGUGGCCAGGGAUUGCGCAUGGAGGGGCGAUUGCGACGAUUUUUGAGGAGACGAUGGCGAGGAUGAUUGCGGGGCCGAAUGCUUCUAUAGAUACGAUACCUACACCUACCUCCAUAAGCGUGACGUACGCGCGGCCAACUCAGAGUUUCAAUAUCUACGUCCUUCGUGCCUCGUUUUCGACGCCGGAUAUCCCGCAGGAGCAACCACCGACGGAACCUGCGCCGGGGAAGGCGUGGUUACCGUACUGGAAGGAUCUUACGAAGAAGUGGACGACAACGAGACCGGGCCCGGCUGUGGAGAUUAGUGGGACGUUGGAGAGUUUGGACGGGGAGGUGAAGGUACGGGCCAAGGGGGUGUGGCCGGCGGAUGCGAUUAAGGGAGCUUGA